AUGCAUCGAGAAGGUUUACUUCAUCGUGAUCUAAAACCGGAUAAUAUGGGUGUAUUAAGUGCUGAUCAACCAUUUGUUGUAUUAUUUGAUUUGGGUAUGACAAAAAUGUAUACUAAUCAAAAUGGUGAAUGUCGAACACCACGAUCAACAUGUCCAUUUCGUGGAACACCGGAAUGGUGUAGUGGUUGGGCAUCUAAAGGUCGAGAGCAAAAUCGUUUCGAUGAUUUGAUCUCAUGGUUGUAUGUAGCAUGUGAACUUUAUGAUUCAGCUAAACAAGUUGCACAACCAUUACCCUGGACAUAUCGUCAAAGUGAACGGAUUCUGAAUUACCUCAAAACUGUUUAUUGUCCAGCACAAAUUUUGUUACGACGAGCACCACGACAAUUCUACGAAAUUAAUACAUAUUUAAUGACAACAAAUCGAAAUGUAGCACCAAAAUAUAAAUUUCUUGCUAAUAAAGUAAUGGAAGCAAUCACAGAAUUGCAAGCUUUAAUUAAUAAAGAAAAGGAUAAAAAAGGUACUCCUAAAAAUGAUAAAAUGAAAAGUCAUUCACUUCAAACAGAUAAAAUUUCCAAAGGGACAUUAAAUAAAGCUGCUGAAAAAGUUGAAAUGAAGGAGAAGACAAGAAAAAGUUGGAAAAAAAGUAAUAAAUUGUAA